CAUCGCCCAAAGGAAGUUACUUCACCCAAAUCAAGAAAGAUCAAAUACUGUUUUCCUAUUGUUGUUAGGAACUCUCUGUCUUGCUCUACCAAGUACGAAGGAUGAGGUGAUGAGAUCACUACUGUUAAUACAUGUUGUGGUCUGCUUACUACUUAUUGGAGGGGGUGACAGCAGAAAAGUAUUCAAGCUCUCCGAGGAGAAAUUCGAAUCCGAAUCCUCGUUCGAGUACAAUGCCAUCAGCUGCAGAGCCCACAGCGCUUCGCUCACUGAUUUCGGAGGAGUAGGAGACGGCAAGACAUCAAACACAAAGGCCUUUCAAGCCGCAAUCAACCACCUGAGUCAGUACUCAACCCAAGGAGGUGCUCAGCUUUACGUUCCGGCCGGGAAGUACUUGACCCGUAGCUUCAACCUCACCAGCCACUUCACUCUUUACCUUCACAAAGAGGCUGUUCUCCUCGCUUCUCAAGACCCCCAAGAAUGGCCGGUGCUCAAACCACUCCCGUCUUACGGCAGAGGAAGGGACGCAGCAGGGGGACGCUACACCAGCCUCAUUUUCGGAACCAACCUCACCGACGUCAUCAUCACCGGAGACAACGGCACAAUCGACGGUCAAGGUGAAUUCUGGUGGAACAAAUUCCACAGUCAAAAGUUACAGUACACCCGCCCGUACCUGAUAGAGAUCAUGUUCUCCAGCAACGUGCAAAUAUCUCAUCUCACUCUUUUGAACUCUCCAUCAUGGAAUGUACAUCCCAUUUACAGCAGCAAUAUACUAGUGCAAGGAUUGACCAUCAUAGCUCCGGUGAGGUCUCCGAACACAGAUGGAAUUAAUCCGGAUUCAUGCACAAACGUCAAGAUUGAGGACUGUUACAUUGUCUCCGGCGACGACUGCGUGGCAGUAAAGAGCGGUUGGGACCAGUACGGCGUGUCGUUUGGUAUGCCAACCAAGCAACUAGUGAUCAGACGACUUACUUGUGUUUCGCCUUACAGCGCCGCCAUUGCAUUGGGCAGCGAGAUGUCCGGCGGGAUUGAAGACGUCAGAGCAGAAGACAUCGCGGCCGUUGAUACGGAAUCCGGGGUGAGGAUCAAGACAGCUGUAGGGCGAGGUGGGUACGUGAGGGACGUGUACUUAAGGAGAAUGGAAAUGCACACCAUGAGGUGGGCGUUUUGGAUGAGUGGCGAUUAUGGGUCGCACGCUGACGAUGGCUAUGACAAGAAGGCGUUUCCUGAGAUCAAAGGGAUUCACUACAGGGAUGUGGUGGCUGAUAAUGUGACAAUGGUGGCGAAACUGGAGGGCAUUGCUGGCCAUCCGUUUACGGGUAUUUGCAUGUCGAAUGUGACAGUUGGAUUGGGUGCUAAAGCAAAGAAGCAGCCGUGGAGCUGUGCUGAUAUUGAGGGGGUUGCAAGUGGCGUGACGCCGACACCGUGUGAUUUGCUACAUGGUGGUGAUCCGAGUCAGGGUGAUGUUGCUAGCGGUGGCUGUGAUUUUCCUGUGGAUGUUGUACCAAUUGACAUGGUGGAGAUGAAAAGAUGUAGGUAUGAUAGUAGGAUGAAGUCGCCUCCUUCAUCUCCUAGUCCUUCUAGGAGUCCAAGUUCGUCUGAUCAGGACCCUGCGGACAAGGAUCCAGCUCCCAGUCCAUCAUCAUUAGGAGGGCACGAGCUUGAGCACUACUAUUCGACACCGCCAAAACCAGCUGAUAGCGUGACGUCAGAAUCACCAUCAACAAGUUCUGCUGGGCCUGAUGCACCUUAUUAUGACAUUCAUGGUCGACGAUCAUCAUCAAAAGGAAAGCCCAAAAAAUGGAAGCCGAAGCGGUCACCACCGCCUCCUCCUUCUCCUGCUGCGCCUGCGCCAUUGCCUCCUAAGAAUAAUGCAAGCGCCGCUGCUGAGAUGGGUACUGUUUGGACUCGGUUUGGCUUCGCUUUUGGUUGCGUUCUUCUGGCCAUCAUGAACAAUCAUAUGUAUUAAUUAUUAAGUUCCAUUCUAUAUUUGCUUUUGUUCUUUGAAGUAUUCCUUUUUUUUUUUUUUUUUUUUUUGAGAAAAAUUCUUUGAAGUAUUCAAAUCACGAUUAAUAAGUAUGUGUUGUAUGCUAGCAAUAUGCUCCUGAAGUAGUUCAACAGGAAUUAUAUAUCAUGAUCGAUGAAUGUUCGAUUUCUUUUCCUCUGCCUCAUGAACCCAGAUGCAAGGAGAUU